AUGUUGUCUACCAUGGCUAGCAGCAAUUCCCAUGGACAAGAUUCUUCCUACUUCCUUGGGUUGCAAGUCUAUGAGAAAAGUCCGUUCGAUGAAGUUGUUAAUCCAACAGGAAUCAUUCAGAUGGGGCUUGCAGAGAAUCAGCUUUCUUUCGACCUUGUGGAAUCAUGGCUAAGAAAAAACCCGGACGCCAUGGGACUGAAGAAGGAUGGAGAAUCUGUAUUCAGGGAACUAGCUCUCUUCCAGGACUAUCACGGAUUACCUGCUUUCAAAAAUGAACUGGUCGAGUACAUGGCAAAAAUUAGAGGAAACAAGGUUAAAUUUGAUCCAAAAAACCUGGUGCUUGCUGCUGGUGCAACUUCAGCUAAUGAGACUUUAAUCUUUUGCCUGGCCAAUCGUGGUGAAGCUCUCCUUCUUCCCACACCGUACUAUCCGGGGUUUGAUAGGGAUCUUAAAUGGAGGACUGGAGUAGAAAUUGUUCCGGUACAUUGCUCGAGCUCAAAUGGAUUCAGAAUUACCAGGUUAGCACUGGAAGAAGCAUACGAAAGAGCUCAGAAACUCCAUCUCAAAGUUAAAGGGGUUUUGAUAACGAAUCCCUCGAAUCCACUAGGCACAACAAUGACUAGGGAUGAGCUUAACCAACUCAUUACUUUUGCCAUCGCCAAAAAUAUUCAUGUCAUAAGCGAUGAAGUUUUUUCAGGAACGGUCUUUGACUUCCCAGGGUUUAUAAGUAUUAUAGAAGCCGCAAGGGACAGAAACCUUGAAAACACAGAUGUAUGGAGCCGCAUUCAUAUCGUUUAUAGUCUUUCCAAGGAUCUAGGUUUGCCAGGGUUUCGUGUUGGCAUGAUUUAUUCCAACAAUGAAACAGUCAUUAGUUCAGCAACCAAAAUGUCAAGUUUCGGACUCGUGUCAUCCCAAACUCAGUACCUACUCUCCAACAUGCUUGCCAACAAGAAAUUCACUAGCAAAUACAUGAAGGAGAACCAAAAGAGACUUAAGAGGAGGAAGGAAAUGCUGGUUUCGGGCCUUAAAAAGGCAGGAAUAGAAUGCCUGAAAGGCAAUGCAGGCUUGUUUUGCUGGGUUGACAUGAGGCAUCUCCUAUCUUCCAAUAUAUUUGAAGCGGAAACAGAGCUCUGGAAGAAAAUCCUAUGCGAGGUUGGCUUGAAUAUCUCCCCUGGGGCAUCUUGCCAUUGCACCGAACCCGGGUGGUUCAGAGUUUGCUUUGCGAACAUGUCCCACCAAACACUUCAAGUUGCAAUGCAACGAAUCAAGGAUUUCGCCGAACGUUCGAGCUGUAGUGGAAUUGGCAAGAGUUAUCAGCAAAACAUGUCUAGUUUCAGGAGGAAACUGCUCACCAGCAAUUGGGUUCGCAAAUUAUCGUCAUCUGAUCGUGAUGAACAAGAGCGUUAG